AUGGCGAUCCUGCAAAUGUCACCUUCUUCACUAGUCUCGACGAUAACAUCAUAUUCACAACGAGGAAAGAUUAGAGCUUCGCGAGAUUCCUUCAAAACCCAGAAGAAUCUCGUAACGACAGAAUCUGUCUCCUCUUUCAGCUUAUGUCCCUGCGGAAGAAGACAUUUCCUUGGAGCUAUGAGUUCGAUGCCGUUUCUUCCCAUCUCUCCCUCUUACGCUUCUGGGUCCUCUCCUCUAAGCUCAAUGGAAGAAUUGAAAAGACUGCGACCUCCAAAGCCGGAUUGGUAUGAGGAGCUCUUUGCUUGGUGUAUGAACACAGGAAUGGAAUCGUACGAGGAAGAGAUUUCAGGUUAUAAGAUGAAACUGUUUGAUAGUUUGGUGGGAAAAGCUGAAAAAGUUUUGGAGAUUGGUAUUGGAACAGGUCCUAAUUUCAAGUACUACAAAGCUAUUAUUCCAAACGUUUCUGUUCUUGGUGUGGAUCCAAACGUGAAAAUGGAAAGCUAUGCGCGUAAAUCCGCUGCGGAAGCAGGGCUGAAAUCCGAAGAUUUCAGAUUCAUUCACGCGGUCGCAGAAUCCAUACCAUUAGAAGAUGCAUCGGUUGAUGCAGUUGUGGGGACUCUAGUGCUUUGUUCUGUUGCAGAUGUCACUCAGACGCUCAACGAGAUAAAACGGAUUCUAAGACCGGGAGGGAUUUACAUUUUCAUAGAGCAUGUUGCAGCGGAAGAUGGAUCGUUUCUGAGGUUGGUGCAGAAUGUGUUGGAUCCAUUGCAACAAGUUGUUGCCGAUGGAUGUCACCUGACGAGGCACACCGGGGAGUACAUUUCAGAAGCUCGGUUCAAUGGCGGUGCAGAUAUUAAAAAGGCAUCUCUUUCUAGCUCUGCUUACAUAAGCUCUCAUGUCUAUGGGGAUCAUUGUGGCUAUUAUUAUUAUGAUGAUGAUGACUCAAAUGCAUUCAUCGUCUUCCUCACUGGCUCUUACUCCACAAGCUUAUGUUCAUGUGGAAGAAAACAUUUUCUUGAAGCAGCUAGCCCGAAGAUGCCCUUUCUUCCCAUAUGUUCUCCUAAUGCUUCGCGAUCCAAGGAUGUUUCUGAAACCUCUCAUCCUCGGAGACCAGAUUGGUAUAAGGAGCUUUUUGCUUGGUUCUUGAGCACCGGAAUGCGAUCUUAUGAAGCAGAGAUUGCCGAUCACAAGAAGAAACUUUUCGAUAAUCUGACUGGUAAAGCAGAAAAAGUGCUGGAGAUUGGGGUCGGUACAGGUCCUAAUCUGAAGUACUAUGCCCAUAAUGAAAAUGUAUUUGUUUACGGUAUGGACCCAAAUCAGAAAAUGGAAAAGUAUGCAUGUGAAUCUGCUAAAGAAGCUGGUCUGAAACCUGAAAACUUUAGAUUCAUGCAAGGAGUCGGAGAAGCUAUACCAUUAGAUGAUAACUCUGUGGAUGCAGUCGUUGCAACACUUGUUCUAUGCUCUGUCUCUGAUGUCACUCAAACACUUAAUGAGAUCAAGCGGGUGCUGAAACCGGGAGGGAUUUUCCUAUUCAUUGAGCACGUUGCUGCGGAAGAUGGAUCCUUUUUCAGGCAUGUUCAGAAUGUGUUGGAUCCAUUACAGCGAGUAGCUGCAGACGGAUGUCAUUUGACAAGAAAGACCGGCUUACUCAUUUCAGCUGCCGGUUUUGAUGGUGGUACAGAGAUCAACACGGCGAGAAUCUAUAGCUUCCCUUGGAUAAUAAGACCGCAUGUCUAUGGAAUGGCUUACAAGUAG